AUGGCCACUCGUGCUAGCGCUGCCAAACAACCUGCAGCACCUGAAGCUACUCCAACUAUCCCAACGCCGCCUAAAAGCUCUGUCACCCCGAAACCAGAACUCCUCCCACCGCCAGUUGCUUCUGUCACCCUGGAACCAGAACUCCCCCCACCACCAAUCGUUCAAUCUCCAAGGCUUGUGCAGACAGCCCCCAUCCCACCAACAUCUCCUGCACCGAGUGAACUCAUGCCAGAUGAUGUUCCAUCUGACGACAAUGAAGACUUGGAACCCAUCAGUACCAACAAAAGGAGGAAAAAGAAGGCACCAAAAACCAGCUGGGGUAAGGGUAAGCACCGUGCAACAGAGGAAUCUGACGAUGAGGACCAUGAACUGGCCAAGCCAACCAAAGGUCGCACCAAACACGUAGCACGCAGGAAAUAG